AUGGCGGGACAUUUCUUUCCCGGCAUCCAAGAAGCACGUGUGACAAAGCACACCGAACUGGCCUCAGUGCAGCGGACCCUGGCGUGGCAGUUAGAGCGAAUCGAGGAGUCGAAUAAGGUGUUGCAAAAUCCCUCUUUUGGACUCGUCAUAGAUGGACAGUCACUUGCAUUCGCUUUGCAGGUAAGACCUUGGAAUAUUCCCAUCGCAUUUAUAUUGGCUUCCUAUUAA